AGAGCGAGCGAGGAGAGAGAGAGAGAGAGAGAGAGAGAGAGAGAGAGAGAGAGAGAGAAGGAGGGACUGAGGAGGAUGGUGUGGAGAAAGAGCUACAUGGAUCUUGUACUAGUUCCUGUGAGCCUUCUCUUCUUCAUCAUCUACCAUGGCUGGCUUUGGCACAAGGUUAGGACACAGCCUCGCCGGACCAUCAUCGGAAUGAACUCAGCCGGCCGCCGGCUUUGGGUCCGUUCGAUAAUGAAGGACUCAGACAAGAAAAACGUGCUAGCAGUACAGACACUAAGAAACGCCAUAAUGAGCUCAACCUUAAUGGCCACCACCUGUAUUCUCCUCUGCUCAGCUCUUGCUGCAGUCUUAAGCAGCACUUACAGUGUUAAAAAGCCAAUCUCAGACUCCAUUUAUGGAGCUCAUGGUGAGCUCAUGGUCGCCCUAAAAUACGUUUCUCUUCUCCUCAUCUUCCUCUUCGCCUUCAUCUGCUACUCUCUCUCAGUUCGCUUCACAAGCCAAGUUAGCUUUCUCAUCAACACUACUCCACUUUCUUCUACCUCUCCAGUAAUUAUCACAGCUGAAUAUGUUUGUGACCUACUGGAGAAGGGCUUUUUACUUAAUACUUUUGGAAAUAGAUUGUUCUAUGCUGCUCUUCCUCUACUGUUGUGGGUAUUUGGGCCUGUUUUGGUCUUUAUAUGUUCGGUUGUUAUGGUUUUUGUGUUGUAUAGUCUUGAUGUGCUGUGUGAAGGGAAAGGAAGUGGUGGUGAAGAGAAAGGUGAGGAAUAUUUCAAAGUGUGAUAUAUAGUACUGGAUUAAUAAUGUAUUUUAUUUUAUUUUUAUAAAUGUUGGUGGUGAAGCCUUUGUAGUGCUGGUUUAUGUUGUAUGCCUCAUCAUCCAUUAAGCAAUUGGAUCAUUUUAUAAAGAGCUAGUACUUAUGAA